AUGGCGGAGGACUCUCAGGAAACCGGAAAGGUCCCGGGGGGACACAAGUCUCUCUUUCACGAGACUGACCAGUCGGCGGAUGAGAAGAUGAGCCACCACCACGACGACUCCAAACAGUUGCCUGUGCUGGCCCCCGGGCCAAGUCGGAGGUUUGCGCCGCAGACCUCCGCAGCCGUCCUUCGACCAAAAAAGAAUUCCACCGCGUGUUUCGCAUGCAAAGUCGCGAAGAGGAAGUGCUCUGGGACCUGCCCUUGCAAAGCGUGCCUGGCUGCCGGCUUACAAGCCGAUUGCCGUUUCGAUCCCACUCGAGAUUUGCGACGCAAAGUGGCUGUCAAGCGAACGAUGAAAGAGCUCAACGAUUACAAAGACUUGCUGGAAACAUUGCUGGCCAGCAUUCGAUCGGAUCCCCGCGACAAACUUCACGAACUUAUCGAAUUGAUCCGAAACAACGGUUCAUUGAGGGACAUUGCCCGUGCCGUGGGGAAUCCCGUCACGAAAUUCACGGAUUCAGAAACUCUGUCAAAGGCGAGUUUGGCAACUCUGUCCGAAUUCGAAGAUACAAAACCCCACCGACGAUCAGAGUCCGAUCAAGUACCUAACUCGCCAGAAGAAGAACACCCCCGGGGGUCACCUCGGGCAACUUUUCAUCCUUAUGCACGGGUAGCUUUGGAAACACUCUGCGACAUUCCACUAUUCAGGGUGCCGGCCAGGCCAUGGACAGAGGUGACUGACGAUAGCGACUUCGUGUCGCACCUUGUCUCAUUGUAUUUCACCUGGGAUCACCCAUGCGCACAGUACCUUGAUCAGAAGAUAUUCAUCGAUCAUAUGACCCGGGGAGAUACCAGCUCUCAGUUCUGCACACCGUUACUGGUGAACAGUCUCUUGGCGAUGGCUUGCGUACGCAACUCAUACUUUCCCAGUCCUCAAUUCAUUUUGACACCAAGACAGAUCUACUCCGACAGCCCAGAUGCGUUCUUCAAUCUCGACGAUACCUUUUCGCGUGGACAGCAUUUUUUUCAGGAAGCAGAACGAUUGUGGAAUGCCCAGAGAGGCCGCCAAACUUUGUCAAAUAUUCAGGCUUUGCUUAUGAUGUGCAGUGUACUUUUAUCGCAAGGUGAGGUUCAGCAGGGUUGGUUUUUGCUUCGGCAAGCCGCCCAAAUGGGACAGGAUAUGGGGCUGUUGAUGCUGCCGAGGGUUGUAAACCCGUUCAAGGAAGAAAUUCGGUUUGUGAUGCCAUCAAUAUCGGAGCUGUCCGAUGAUCAUGUCAAGCGUGAAGACGACGAUGAGGAUUCGAUAUUGCAUCAGAUGGAGCGUAUUCGAACAAUUACGGCCUGGGGUAUCUUUAAUCUGAACUUACAAAUGUCAGUGAAAAUGCGCAGGGUUACAAGCUUGCCGCCGCCAAUAUCCAAGGUAUCGAUGGGAGGCGACGCCGACUUUGAGUGGACUCCGUACCCACGGUCGAACAAGAUCACUUAUGCACCAAAGCUGGCGCGCUUGCCCCAACUCAGACAAGGAAUGGCCGAGCUCACAGAUAUCUUGGCUCAUGUUCAAGAGCUUCUGCAUAAUCAGACUUUAGUCUCAAGCAUUCAAGACUUGUCUGAGAGGGCGGAGGUUUCAUAUGAACGUCUGCGACAGUGGCUGGCGAACUGGCCCAAGCCUCCCCAGAUCGAAAAAGAACCUAUCCCUCAAAUUCUCAUCCUUCGGAUCAAGUGCCACCAGGCUAUUAUAAAUCUUCUGGAGAUGAUGAUCCAGCGGGGCUCUCAAGGCUCUUUGACCACAAAGCUGCAGCAAGAAUGGUGUCAGCAGGUAGCAGAAAUGGCCCAAUGCUUCCGGAUUCACCGCCAAGCAUACGGUCUCAAGUACAUUCCCAGCCAGGUGGUCGAUGCUGUCCAAUCCUCUCUUCGCGUUCUCGUACACCAAUUGGAGAUUGAAGAAGCGAGACACGCUUUUAUCGAAUUCUGUCGUUUCGGAAUAGCUAUGAGUCGCACAUUCACACCAACCGCUAACGCAAUUCAUGCGAUCCAGUCACUGGCGCAGCGGGGGGUGGUGACACUACCCCCAGAAGCUAUGGCAAUUCUCGAUGGGUUUGACUUUCACGGAGGCCAGGAAGCCUAA